GAAUCAAAACGUUUAGUUGAUUACUUCACAGCGCAAAGAGUACCGAAAACAUGAAUAAAAUAGCAAUAGUUGUGAGCCUUUUAUUUGCCUUCUGUGGUCUGCAGUUGGUUAACUCAUUGACCUGCUACUCCUGCACAACGCCAAACGAUUGCAAGAACGCCAGAAAAACGACCUGCACCAAUGCGGCGGCCAAUGAGACAAGCCAUCAGCUGGAAGUUUACCAUCAACGGGUGCCCAAUAUCACCUCGAGCAAUCGAUUCGAGUGUCUUGCCUUGGUCUAUACGUUUCCCAACAAUAAAACUGUGACACAUCAGUUGCAUGGCUGUGUCCAUCCAGCUGCAAGCGCCUGUACUCUGCAGCUGAAGCCUCAGUACAGCAGUUGGAAUAAGCAGAAGUGUGCUCUCUGCUCCGGAGACAAGUGCAAUAAGAAUCCGGCGGGCAAGCUGAGCAGCAGUGUGUAUACAAUUGGCGCCACUGUCGUUGGGCUCAUGCUGGCUAAGGUUUAUGCCUAACGAAAUACCUAAAGAAACUCGAUUGGUCUGAGCAACAAUAAAGUCUCAAUGCAACUCGUAGCUAA